AUGAAUUUUUAAAAACAAAUAUUUUUGAUAUUCACAACUGUUCUUCUAUACUUAGCUUAUAAUAAUGAUUAAGGAUUUGAAAUUAAUUCAAAAAUAGGUGUGUUAGCAUCAAUGAUAUUUAUUGGAAUUAUAGGUUCAUUCAAACCAAGUGAUCCUUUUUAAUAUGAAGCCAUUUUUAGAAUAUAAUUAUGGUUAUCAAUCACAUUUAUAGUCAUCUUAGUCUUUUUUAGCAUUUUAAAAUUAGAAAGAUGGUAAUUCAAAUAAUUUAAGCUAAUGAUUUUAGGAGAUAAUAGAUUAUGUAAGCCUGUUACUAAGGAUAUGCAUACAAAUGAUGAUAAUUUAGAUCAUUAUUAUUGA